UUUCUCAAAAGUUUUUACGUUACAACUCAUGCCCUUUUUCGUCUUUUCACAAUCACCCCCCCAUGGAUUAAAAUCCACUCCCACCCCGCAAACCUCUUCGUCUUCAUCACUCAUCUCUGCGUGUUUUUUUCUUCCUUCAACAACUCUCUCUCUCUCUCUCUCUCUCUCUCAUGGCUUCCGCAGUUUUCUUCUGCAAAAUUCGCCUGUAAUUUCAGAAUUCCAUUCUAUUCUAUUUCUCUAAUUGAGCUAAUUGAUUUUUUUUUAUUUUCUAGUUUUCGACAUUAUUGAUGGAGAGAGGUGAGGGAAACAAAGAGAAUCUCAUUUUUUCGACUGAUCUGCUGAAUAACUUCAUUAAACGAGGCCUUUUCGUAGAAUACGAAGAUGAACAGAGGAGAGAGGACGAGGAAAUGGAGUUGAGCUUGGGGCUUUCGAUGAACGGCAGAUUCGGAGUUGACCCUACGAGGAAGGUGCUCGACCGCUCGUCGUCUAUAUCGGACAUGGCUUCCGUCGUCUGCCCCGCCGACAACGGGAUCGGCGACCACGCGCGCGGCGUCGAGAUCGAAAAGCACGCGCCGCCGCUGGCGAGGACGCACUCGCUGCCGAUCCAGACGGAGGAGGAGUGGCGCCGCCGCAAGGAGCUGCAGUGCGCGGCGCGGAUGAAGAAAAACUCCGCCGUCGUCGUCGACGAUGCUGAUACUGAUAGUAGUAACACCACCAGUGGCAUGAAAGGCGUAGUGUAUGAAAUCGAUUGCGGCGACGAUCAGAAGCUCGAUCAAUUCAUUAACGGAAACGUGACGCCGUUAAUGCCAAUCGAACACCUCAUCGACGGCAAUUCCGAUCCGCCGUCUCACCAAACAGAGGCUUGCAAAGUGGGGCCCACCACGAAAACGGAGACGAAUGCCGCGGCGAUGCCGGAAAUGCCAUACGUGACGACGAAAGAAGCAGGGGCGAAUGGGAAGAAGGUAGAGGGAUUCCUGUACAAGUACAGAAAGGGAGGAGUGAAGAUAGUGUGUGUUUGCCAUGGUUUAUUUCUCACACCAGCUCAAUUUCUCAACCAUGGUGGUUUUCAUAACGUUGACCACCCACUCAAGCACAUUGUAGUCAACCCUUUCCCCCUCUUUUAAUUCCUUCACAUUGUAGUUGAUUCUGUUUCGGGUUUUCAGUUUCGGGUUUUGCUGUUUUAAAGGAGAACUUUGCUA